GAUGAGAACAUAAUUAUAAACAUGCACACGGGCGAGGCAAAGCUUGUUGACUUCGGAGCCGCGGCGCUUAUUUCUGAGGCGGGUAUAAAGGAGUUCCAAGGCACUCGUUCCUAUUGCCCACCUGAAUGGUUCAAACGAUUGGUUUAUAUGCCAUUGGAAGCCACCGUAUGGUCGCUGGGUAUUGUGUUGUAUGUUAUGGUUUCCGGAUGUCUGCCGUUUCAGAACGAAAUUCAGAUAUGUUUGGGCAGACUAAUUAUUCCAAAACACAUUUCCAAAGGUAUCUCCUGA